UGCGGCGUCGGCAGCGGUGGCGGCGUCGCCCCCCGGCGGGAGCCUGUCCCUUUCCCGUCGGGGAGCGCCGGGCCGGGGCCCAGGGGACCCCGGGCCACGGAAAGCGGGAAGAGGAUGGACUGCCCGGCCCUCCCCCCCGGAUGGAAGAAGGAGGAAGUGAUCCGAAAAUCAGGGCUCAGUGCUGGCAAGAGCGAUGUCUACUACUUCAGUCCAAGUGGUAAGAAGUUCAGAAGUAAACCUCAGCUGGCAAGGUACCUGGGAAAUGCCGUUGACCUCAGCAGUUUUGACUUCAGAACUGGCAAGAUGAUGCCUAGUAAAUUACAGAAGAACAAACAGAGACUGCGAAAUGAUCCUCUCAAUCAGAACAAGGGUAAACCAGACUUAAACACGACAUUGCCAAUUAGACAAACUGCAUCAAUUUUCAAGCAACCAGUCACGAAAGUCACAAACCACCCCAACAAUAAAGUGAAGUCAGACCCACAACGGAUGAACGAACAACCACGUCAGCUUUUCUGGGAGAAGAGGCUGCAAGGACUUAGUGCAUCGGAUGUAACGGAACAAAUUAUAAAAACCAUGGAGCUACCCAAAGGCCUUCAAGGAGUCGGCCCGGGUAGUAACGAUGAGACCCUUCUGUCUGCCGUGGCCAGUGCUCUGCACACAAGCUCUGCACCAAUCACAGGGCAAGUCUCUGCGGCCGUGGAAAAGAACCCUGCUGUCUGGCUUAACACAUCUCAACCCCUCUGCAAAGCUUUCAUUGUCACAGAUGAAGACAUUAGGAAACAGGAAGAGCGAGUUCAACAAGUACGUAAGAAAUUGGAAGAAGCACUGAUGGCGGACAUCCUGUCCCGGGCUGCUGACACGGAGGAGAUAGACAUUGAUAUGGACAGUGGAGAUGACGCUUAAGAAUAUGAUCAGGUAACUUUCGACUGACCUUCCCCAAGAGCAAAUUGCUAGAAACGGAAUUAAAACAUUUCCACCGGGUUUCGCCUGUAAGACAAAAGUGUACCUGAGCACAUAGAGCUUUUUACUAGCACUAACCAAUGCCUUUCUAGAUGUAUUUUUGAUGUAUAUAUCUAUUAUUCCAAAUGAUGUUUAUUUUGAGUCCUAGGACUUAAAAUUAGUCUUUUAUAAUAUCAAGCAGGACCCUUAAAAUGAAGUGGAGCUUCUGAUGCCAGGUGCAAUCUACUGGAAAUGUAGCACUUACGUGAGAUAUUUGUUUCCCCCACAGUUUUAAUAUAAACAGAUCAAGAGUACCAAAUACAUUUCCCCACUAAAGAUUAUUAUGACUUCACUGUAUAUAAACAGAUUUUUAUACUUUAUUGAAAGAAGAUACCUGUACAUUCUUUCAUCGUCACUGUAAAGACAAAUAAAUGAUUAUAUUCACAGA